AUGAAAUCCUCAGUUCUUUCGUUAUCUCCUUUUCUUUCAUUCUUUGUUAUUGGAUUCUUGCUCUUCAUUCGAAUUCCUUCAUCUCUAAGCAACAAUGACCUGUUCUCUGACUGUAGUAAUAAGUUUUUAUGUGGGGAUAUUUCUGCGGAUUUUCCUUUUUGGGGAACUGGCCGACCUUCUGCCUGUGGGAUUCAUGAAUUGGAGCUCCAGUGUGAGAAUGAUGUCACCAAGAUGAUUAUCAAUGAGGUUAGAUACAGAGUUUUGGACAUCAAUACAGAUAGGCAAAUUCUCAGGAUUGCAAGAGAGGAUUACUUGGUUGGAUUGUGUCCGCCUCAAUUUGUGAACAGCACGUUUGAUCCGAUGGUUUUUGAGACUGUAACUGGAACUAAGGCUCCUGGGGCUUGUUACGGCAGUGUCUUUGUUCCGGCUCCCAUAAUAGCUUUGCCAUUAAUUCUGAAAGUGCCAGCUUUGGAAGAAGAAUUGAAAAAUGGUUUUGAGGUAAGAUGGAAGGUAAAUAGCAGAGCAUGUAGAGAGUGCUUAUGGUCUGGAGGAGUUUGUGGCUAUGACAUUACUUCUAAUCAAACCACUUGUUACUGCCCAAAUCAAUCUAGUGGAUCAAAUACAUGUCUUCCACCAACUGCUACUGCUUCUUCAGGUAUGUACCUCAACUCUGGCUCAGAUCAGUUUGAUGAACUCAAGUCACUGCUGAAUGCUUCACAGUUCGCACCUUUGUUCUUUUCCUGUUUUGUUCAUUUUAAUUUUGUUUUUUAA